AACUGAUAGUAAGUCUGCAGCCACCUUCACUGGCAUGAAGAUGUAUGGCGUGAUGCGGUUCGAUCUCCAGCUUCCAGCAGGCCAGGCCCAAGUGCUUCGUUGGAAUCAGCAUCAACAACUCAGACUUCCAGCAGCCUAGGCCCAACUAUUUCGUUGCCCUCAACAACUUUGACUUCCUACAAGCCGACCCAAACUUUUAACAUAUCAUCAUCGUCGACUUACUAUCAAAUGGGCGUGUGGCCCGUGGGGAUGGUGCCGGCGGGGGCGGCGGCAGCGAAUGUAGAUCCCCUUGGGGUCCUCGGGGUGUUCGUUGGUAUGGGGGCGUACGGGUUGGUCCCACUGACGGCUGGAGCGGCUGGGGCAGCGGCUGGGGCAGCGGCUGGAGCAGCAGCGGCUGGGGCAGCAGCGGCUGUUGGUGCCUUGAUGCUUGUUCCUGAUCUCAAGUUCAGUCUCUGGUUUAGCGUCAAGGACGUUAAUGCUCCGCCUUGCCAUCAAUUUUUUUCAAUUCUCGUCGAAAAGGGUGGUUCUAUAGCGAAUGGAGACGUGAAUUUUUUGGGAAAUUCAGAGAAAAGUACGUCGAUCGGGGAGCACUCAUCAACUAACCUGAUCUUUAAUUCCCCCCUUAAACGUUAAACGCAGCUGACCUCAAGGUCCCCCCUCAAAUUGGUGGCGGAGUUUCCGUGGAGGGAAUGUAUUACCAGACGACGAUUUGGGAGUAUAACGUCACAACCUUUCAACU